GGAGGAGGGAAGGGCGGUCCUGUGGCUCGGCGGUAUCUCCGGGGAGGAUGCCGGUCCAUUCCCGGGAGAAGAAGGAGAACAACCACGAUGAGAUGGAGGUGGAUUACGGGGAGAACGAGGGAAGCUCCUCGGAGGAGGAGGAGACUGAGAGCUCGUCCGUGUCCGAGGAGGGGGACAGCUCAGAAAUGGAUGAUGAGGACUGUGAAAGAAGAAGAAUGGAAUGCUUAGAUGAAAUGUCCAAUCUUGAAAAACAAUUUACAGACCUCAAAGAUCAACUUUACAAAGAAAGAUUAAGCCAAGUGGAUGCAAAACUACAGGAGGUCAUAGCUGGAAAGGCACAAGAAUACUUGGAACCAUUGGCAGCUUUACAAGAAAACAUGCAAAUCCGAACAAAGGUGGCAGGUAUCUAUAGAGAGCUCUGUUUAGAGUCUGUAAAGAACAAAUAUGAAUGUGAAAUUCAAGCUUCUCGCCAGCACUGUGAGAGUGAGAAGCUCUUGUUGUAUGAUACUGUACAAAGUGAACUAGAAGAGAAGAUCAGAAGAUUAGAAGAAGACAGGCAUAGCAUUGACAUUACCUCAGAAUUAUGGAAUGAUGAACUACAGUCCAGGAAAAAAAGGAAGGAUCCAUUUAGUCCAGAUAAAAAGAAACCAGUUGUCAUAUCAGGUCCCUAUAUAGUUUAUAUGUUACAGGACCUCGAUAUACUUGAAGAUUGGACAACAAUAAGGAAGGCAAUGGCUACGCUGGGGCCACACAGAGUAAAGCCGGAACCACCUGUCAAAUUAGAAAAGCAUCUGCAUUGUGCUAGGUCUGAAGAAGGAAGACUCUAUUAUGAUGGAGAGUGGUAUGGACGUGGACAGACAAUAUGUAUUGAUAAGAAAGAUGAGUGCCCUACAAGUGCCAUAAUUACAACAAUUAACCAUGAUGAAGUGUGGUUUAAGAGGCCUGAUGGAAGUAAAUCCAAACUGUAUAUUUCUCAGUUACAGAAAGGAAAAUAUUCAAUAAAACAUAACCACAAUUGA